AUGCCUCCCAAUAUCGAUUAUAUUCUAACAGCCGAAUUUCAUAUUGAUAAAGGUCCAUCAAUAACCCAUCAGUACCCAAGUUCGUUGCCAGGGAUAGAUAAUUUGUAUUUUUUACCUGAAUUGAUGUUACCAGAUCAAAUACAUAAGAGAAAUGAAGAUUUUACUGUGUUCUUAUUGUACAGAAAUACUUAUAGUGGGGAAUUUCAGUAUCUCUUCAACAAAUCAAAAUGUGAACCAGAGCCAUAUUUUCUAUAUACGAUUGUGAUAAAUGUUAAAGACUCCCAGUUUAAACGUGGUUCCAUCAUCAAAUCAUUGUCAAUAAUAACUAAACUAGCUUAUUUCAAAAGUUUCAAACCCUUGUUAUUAAUAGCGUUGGAUAAAUAUUUUAAAGACAGUGAUGAAUUAAUUAUAAAAGAUUUAUAUCAUGUUAUAAAUGAAAAGAAUUUUGAAGUGGCUACACCUUUGAAUCAAAUGUCCAUUGUUAAGAAACUUCUAAUAACUUCGAUUCUUGAUUUACCCAUUCAAGAUAAAAUAUAUCAUGAUGAAUUAUUUAGAAAUAAGAUUUUAGGUAUUGGAAAGGAUAAUUUAAUCAAUAAAGAAUUAUUUAUAAGAAAAGAUUUAAGUUUUAAUUCAGUAGUGGACUUUAAUAACAUGAAAAUACCUAUUAAGAUUCCCAUGAUUGAAUUACCUGAUACAUUUGGAGACUAUUUAAACCCCACAGAUUUCAACUUUAAGCCAAACCUUAUUAAUAUUUUACAGAGUAAGCUAGCAUCUGAUCACUUGAAUGAUGAACUUACCAUCUAUGGAUUACAAACACCUCCUAUAAUCAUCUUUAUAAAUGCAAUUUUAACAGGUAAAAAGAUAUUGGUCUUAAGUUAUGACAAUAGUGCAGGUCAUAUUAUUGAUAAUAUCUUCUUAUUAUUGAAGUUAGUUAGUGGAGGAGGUAUUUUAACUGGUAUAUUGGCCAAUUAUAAUGUAUUUCCUAUGAUAGAUGUUUCCAAGAUUGAUUUAUUAGAAGAGUGUGACUCAUUUAUUGCUGGUACAAUUAAUCCAUUUUUCAAAUCCAAUGAUAAAUUAUGGGAUUUAUUAUAUGAUCUAGAUAAUAACGAAGUGAUAAUUUCUUCCACCAUUGCCAAAGGUGAAGAUGAAUAUGAUAUGAAAAACUCUAUUAUCAGUGAAGAUGCCAAAUUUUUAUCAAACUUACAAUUAUCAAUUUUUAACUACAACGAUGAUUUAACUACCAUUCAAUUAAUCUUUAGAAGACAUAUAAAUGAAAUCAUAAGAAUCUUGUUGAGCUCAAGAAAUUUGUCAAUUGAUAUAAAUAAAUCAUCAUCUAAUCAAUCACCGAAUUCAUCAAACAAACCAGCAAAGUUGGUAUUAUUAAUGGAAGGUAUUGGAUAUUUCUGGAACAAUGAUACCAAUAAAUUAUUGGAAAUAUCCACAUACCAAUUGAUUUCAAAGAAAUUCCAAGAUUUAUUAUAUGACGAAAAAUUUUAUUAUUCAUUACAUUUACCAAAUUUAGGUAAUGAAUUAAACUUAAUGAUUGAUUUACAUUAUCAGUUACAAAGUUUAAAUAAUAGCAGUGGGUCUCAUUCUCCAGGAACGAGAUUAAUAAACGAAAGAGAGAUUUGGUUUAACAUACUAAAGUAUUUGAUCAGUGGUAAAUCACUUGAAAUAUUAUUAUUAGUAACAUACUUAAUCCCUCCAAGUUCUUCAACAAGUUUACAGAGUUCAUCUGUUCAUGGUGGAAGUCUUACUAUAUUCGACAAGAAUAAAGGGAUUGAAUUAUUAUUGAUCAAUCUCUUCAAUAAAGAUGAUCAAGUAAAGUCCAAUGUUAUUAUGAUUUUACAAGAAUUACAAGACAAUUAUCUUUGUGGUUGGUGUUUAAGAUAUUUUCUUAAAUCAAAUUUGAUUUAUGAAAUCGCAUUUGAGGAUCUUUUACAUACAUUACCAUCUGAAGAUAGAUAG